UCACCUUUAAAUUUCAAGUGUCAGGUAUUGGUGGGGGAUUAUUGUAGCAAAGACAAUGGGGGACGAAGCAAAGAUCUUUACUCUUUCACAAGUCUCAGAGCACAAUCAAGCUCAUGACUGCUGGAUCGUCAUCAAUGGAAAGGUGUAUGAUGUGACCAAGUUCCUUGAAGACCAUCCUGGUGGGGAUGAAGUUCUCUUGUCUUCAACAGGUAAGGAUGCAACGGAUGAUUUUGAGGACGUGGGUCAUAGCGAGAGCGCGAGAGAGAUGAUGGAACAGUACUGCGUAGGAGAGAUUGAUCCAACAACAAUCCCAAAGAAAACCAAAUACACUCCUCCUAAGCAGCCUCGCUACAAUCAAGACAAGACCUCUGAGUUCAUUAUCAAGAUCCUCCAGUUCCUCGUUCCCCUUGCCAUUCUCGGUUUGGCUGUUGGGAUUCGUAUUUACACAAAGUCAGCGUAGUCUUCUUCUUUUUUUCUUUCUCUGAGCAUUACUCCCACGUAUCUUAUUAUUAUAUACGGAGAGAGAUAAGAGGUUUAAGUCUUUACAGAAGACAAAUCUCGAGGUCUCUCCCUUUGUUCCUCUCUCUGUGCUCCCAUCUUUUGUUGUUUGUAUGUGUUUCUUUAAUGUUGUGAUGAACUUGCGUAUGAACAGCGGUAAUGCAACUGAUAUUGAUCUAUAGUUCAGGUUGUGAAACCAAAGUUUAUGGCAUUGUGUGA